UCGCAGAUUGAGACGCUCACAUAAUAGUCACUCACUCACGCACACGUGCACGCGCGCGCGCACACGCACACGACAGAACCAAAAAAAGCUCCCUCUUUAGCUCCACCGGUGGGGGGUGGGGGAGGAGGGACACGAUGAGACACCAGAUGAGAUUUGUUCCCAAACGCGCACCGGUGGCGGUGUGAGGCGUUUGGCUCAGAAGUACGCACGGCGCGGUGGAUUUGUGGCUUGCUGUUUUUUUUUUUUCUUCACGUGCAUAUCCUUCUUUUUUUUUCGGUUUCCUGGUUGCGGGGAACUUCAAAAAAAAAAAAAAUCAUGGAUUACUCCGUCUGUUUACUUUUUCUGCUGUCAACCAUCUCAUCUGCGUCGACCGGAGAAUUCCCCACCUCGCUGAUAAUAAAGGAAUGGGUGGAUCAGAUGCAGAAAGAGUUGAUCACAUUAACAGAUACAGCCAGUGGUCUGGAAAAGCUAAUACAGAUCUAUCACCGACACAAACCUCACUUCAGCGUUGAAACCAACAACCCAGCGCAACUGGUGGCGACAGCUGCCGGGAACAUAGAGAAGCUGCUGUAUAACCGCUCCCAGGCCUUAAGGAGGCUGGCACUGGAAGCGGAAAAGUUUCAGAUGGACCACGUGUGGCGGGGCGACAGCGAGGUCGACAAAAUUGUUUACUACAAUGCCAAAGAUAAUCUCAAUCAGACGGAGGACGGAAAGGGAAGGAAGAACCAAUAUCUCCCGGACGACUUUGAGACCGACCCCGACUUCAAACGGGCGGUCUCGUACAACACCACCGCCGUCCACAUCCCGACGGACAUAUACGAAGGCUCGACCAUCAUUUUGAAUGAGCUAAAUUGGACGGAGGCCUUGGAAAAUGUUUUUCGUACAAACAAAGAGGAAGAUCCCUCGUUGCUCUGGCAGGUGUUCGGCUCGGCCACCGGAUUGGCUCGCUACUUCCCAGCGUCCCCUUGGAUCAACGCGAGGAAUUCAGCCAAUAAGAUCGACCUCUACGACGUUCGCAGGCGACCCUGGUACAUUCAGGGCGCGGCGUCACCCAAGGACAUGCUGAUCCUGGUGGACGCGAGUGGCAGCGUUUCGGGUCUCACCCUCAAACUCAUCCGAACGUCGGUCAGCAAGAUGCUGGAGACCCUCUCUGACGACGACUACGUCAACGUGGUCUACUUCAACGACAAGGCGGAGCACGCGGCCUGCUUCAGGAACCUGGUGCAGGCCAACGUCCGCAACAAGAGGAUGCUGAAAGACGCCGUGCAGAGCAUCACGGCCAAGGGCAUCACCAACUACCGAGGCGGCUUCGAGAUGGCCUUCGAGCAGCUGGCGCAGACGAACGUGUCGAGGGCCAACUGCAACAAGAUCAUCAUGCUGUUCACCGAUGGGGGGGAGGAGCGGGCCGAGGAGAUCUUUGAAAAGUACAACCCCAAGCAAGCGGUGCGCAUCUUCACAUUUUCAGUGGGUCAACACAACUACGACAAGGGACCAAUACAGUGGAUGGCCUGCGCGAAUAAAGGCUACUAUUACGAGAUCCCGUCUAUAGGCGCCAUCAGGAUCAACACUCAGGAGUACCUGGAUGUUUUGGGCAGGCCGAUGGUCAAGGCUGACCGACGGGCCAAGCAGGUCCAGUGGACCAACGUCUACCUGGACGCACUGGGGCUCGGCCUGGUGAUCACCGGCACCCUGCCCGUCUUCAACAAGACCAACACGGGCUCAAAGAAAUCCCAAAACCAGCUCAUCCUGGGGGUGAUGGCCAUCGACGUCUCCCUGGAAGACAUCAAGAGACUGACGCCUCAGUUUACAUUUGGACCGAAUGGCUACUACUUUGCCAUCGACCCCAACGGAUACGUGCUGCUCCACCCUAACCUGGUGCCAAUGACUGCAGAGUUCGACGAACCUGUAACGCUUGACUUCCUGGAUGCUGAGCUGGAGAAUGAGAUCAAAGUGAAGAUGAGAAAGGAAAUGAUCGAUGGUUUACGGGGGAAUUACACAAUAUCUACAUUGGUGAAAUCCAAAGAUGAGCGCUACAUUGAUUCAGGUCAGAGGGUGUACACUUUUGCGCCAGUGAAAGGGACGGAUUACAGCCUCGCUCUGGUGCUUCCCGACUACAGCACGCACUACAUCCGGGCCAACAUCGCCGACACAAUCACCCAGGCCAAAUUUUCUGAAAGCCUGAUGGCGGACAAGUUCGAUGAAUACGGCUAUACCUUCAUCGCACCGAGGACGUACUGCAAGGACCUAAAGCUUCCCGACAAGAACCAAAACAACACAGAGUUCCUCAUGGACUUCAACGAUUACAUUGACACAAAGACGCCCAACAACCCCAUGUGUGACGUGGAGCUGUUGAACCGAUUGCUCCUGGAUGCCGGCAUCACCUCGUCUCUCGUCAAGCAUUGGAAAACCACCCAACUGCAGCACGGUGUCGUGGCCAGAUUUGUUGCCACCGAUGGAGGGAUCACACGAGUCUACCCCAAAAGCGCUGGGCUGUACUGGGGGAAGGAAGCCGAGACGUACGAGUCAAGUUAUUACAAGAGGAGCUUGGACAAUGACCUGUACAUCUUCACGCCGACGCCCUACCUCUCCAAGGAGAACAGCAGCGAGGACUCCGUUUUGGUGAGCAAAGCGGUCAACCUCAAGGUUGAUGGUAUCCCGCUCAAACCCGCUGUUGUCGGUGUGAAGCUGGACAUCGGUGCCUGGAUGGAGAGCUUCAUCAACGCCACGCAGAAGAUCAACUGCAACGACGAGAUCUGCGGCUGCCAGCGCAACGACGCGUAUGUAGACUGUGCCAUUCUGGACGACGGCGGCUUCCUGGUGAUGUCCAAUCGAGACGAACAUAUUGACGAGAUCGGGCGUUUCUUCGGUGGCAUCGACCCGAUCCUCAUGGUGAACCUGGUCAACUCGUCCCUGUUCACCUUUAAGAAGACCUUCGACUACCAGUCGCGCUGUUACCCCGAGAAGGAGAGCAAGGCGGCUGCAGGCCUGCGAUCCGUCUACGUGCCCACAAUCGCAGAUAUUUUGAAUUUAGGAUGGUUGGCGUCAGCCGCAGCUUGGUCAAUAAUGCAACAGUUGCUGGUCAGCAUCACAUUUCCCAAUUUCCUGGACGCAGCCGAGAUGAACGACGAAAUGUCCGACGCCGCGCGCAAAGAGGUCUGCAUCACCGAGCAAACCCAAUACUACUUUGAGAACAACAUCGUGUCUUUCAAGGGAACGAUCGACUGUGAAAACUGCACCAGGCUCUACCACGCCGAAAAGCUGCCCAAGACGAACCUGGUCUUCGUCAUCGCUGAUGCAAAAGUCACCUGCUCGUCCUGCGACACCAAGCCGCUGAUUCAGGAUGAGCAGCAGUCGAAUGGUCCCGAUCCCUGCGAGAUGGCAAAGAAUCCCCGGUACAGGAAAGGGCCGGCUGCUUGUUUUGACAACAACGAACACGACGAGGCCAUGUGCCGAAGGAGCGCAGGCUCCCCGUUGGCUUCCUCUCCGCUCAUGCUACUGCUGCCGCUGUUCAUGUGCUGUCUCGGGAGAAGGACCCUGACUGCGGCGGGGCGUCCGGCCUGAGCCCCUCGCUCUGGCUGACGGCGGCCCUUCAGCUGGCUCUGCUCUGGGUUCUGACUGGCUCCACAUCCCACGCCGUCCCGUCAUGACCUCUGAAAAAUGCUCAUCACACCUUUUCACUCUCUUUCUCUCUCUCUCUCUCUCUCUCUCUCUCUGUCUCCCUCUCCCUCUGAUUUCUUCAACGCUGCCACCGGAAAAAAACCCCGCCAAACACCCGAUUAGGAGCACUUGUGACGAACAAACAAACGUCUGGGUCGGUUCCUCCUUUUGAUACCUUUACGCCUAAGAAAGACCUCAACAUUUGCCUUUGUGUUCGCCUCUCCAAUUGGCCCCUGACAGCUGAGAGAUUCAUUUUGAUUGGCGACUUUUGAACUUUUGUCAUUAUAUGCCUUAUAUUAUCAGAAGGUUCAAAAAUCCCGGUGUGUAGGGGUGCAGAGGAGGUGGGGGGGGAGGGGGGGGGGGGGUGUCUGACUGUUAAUUAAAGACGUCAAGCAGUCUGUGAUCGGCGCUGCCCUUUUGCAAGCGUGAAUCAAUUUGCAGUGACUAGCUCUUUUUAGAUGUUUAUUAUUUUGUGAUGGAGAAUUUGCAGUAAGAGGUGCCAAAAUUUCUACAUCCACCCCCCCCCCCCCCGUGUCCUUCCUUUUGCUGCUGUCCUGGUCGGAUGCAUUUUCACAGCGUCCCUGAGGGUUUUCAAAAGACGCACCUCCCCCCCCCCCCCCCCUCCCCCCAUCGUUCUUUCACGUCGAUGCCGUGUUCGCAGCGUGCAUACACUACUGUUCAUUGUUAUCUUCAUGCACGGAAAGCACCCGUUCCACCGCCACAGGGCCUCCUCCUGCACAGGUGUUGUCCGCCCCGACAAUCGGGGGGGGCUGGGGGGGGGGCAGGCCUGGUGUCCCCGGUGCCGCGUGGACUGCGUGCGACCCGCGCGAGGAAGGACGCGCAGUACCUGUUGUUGUUUUUAUUUGAACGACGGCGUGCUACUUCAAUGCCAACACGAAACGCAAAAAAGAAAGAUGAACGAAGGGGGGGAUGUGAGUUCGUAUUUGACAUUUUUGGUCAACAGAAAAACAAAAGGAGAAACAUGUGUUUGUAUUCACAGCUGUCACUUUUUUCAAGCAAAUGACUUGGAUCUGCACUGCGUUUCAAAGUGCAGCUGUUAUUUGCUCCUCACCGGAGAGCAACAUUUAUCUCUUUCUGGUAGUGAGGUUUCCUCUCGUAACGUGUUGUACUGUGGUGUUGUAUCUCCCCUGAGAAAUCACUGCAGUCAAUCCACCCAGCCUGUGAUCCUCUUUACUGCUGUGUUUGAUUUUCUCCACCAUAACUUCCAACUUGUUUCAUUAUGUGUGCCUUGUUUUCCAUUUGGUGAUGAAUUACAGAUGUUUUACUGUAAAGGCUUUUCAUUGAAAAUAGUGUCAUCUUGUUUGCAGUCUAGUGAAUUUGGUCAAACCCGCUGCUGCUGCUGCGGAGCAAAAUAAAUCUGACAAAACAAUUUAAAAGCGAAUCAUUUCACAGGACCAAAUCAGGAAUCUUAUAGCAGCUCAACGCCCUACUGCAGUACUAAUUAUGUCAAAGGGGAUUAAAUAAUAAUAAAUAACUUUCAGGAGGAAAAUCGACAUCCAUCCUUAUGUUGCAAUAUGUGGAAACUCACAGGCAUUUCUCUGUUUAAUUCAUGUAUCUACGAAAGGACUUUGAUGGUUAAGAGACGUCAAUUCGAGUAGGCAGGAAAUAAUAUAUCCAGCAGAUACAAAUCCUGACAAUAAAAGUGUCAUUUUUACUUGAAAACAGCUGCACUCGAUGGUUUGCUUUUUCAGAUUCCAAACAUCAACAGAGGAACAAAUUUGGGUCUUUUUUGAGGAAACACAUGUGCAUCUUUGUGUGGAAGCGCUGGAGUGUGUUUGUAGGAGACGACCACAAAUUACGCUGUGAGAAUAUUACUACAGAAUUCUAACAUCUGCUGCGUCACACCGGAUUACGUCAGUUUUUUUUUUACAUCGUACGCGUUUUCUCCAAAAACGUCCGAUAGAGGCGUGCCGGUUCGUCCGUUUGCUUUUUUUUUUUAAUGACAAAAGCCAGUUCAAACUAACCGGUAUUAACGCUCUUCAUCUACUAACUCAAGAAUAUAAAGUGCCAUAUGGGACUCUCUCCUAUUAUCGUAAUAGAGCAUUUAUGCGAUUUACCAUGCGACGCGUGAGCCUCCUAAGUCACCGCAUGCCAGUGGCUUACGGUCCAUCCACACCUCCUGCUUUAGUGUGCGUAACGUCGUCAUAGCGUGAUGAAGUGCGAUCAGCUUAUUACUGCCUUUCUCUUGGAGAUUGAUGUUUCAAAUGCAUUGACCGAUCCGUCGGAUUUGUUCGGGCCAUUUAUGACUCCCCCCCCCCCCCCCCCCCUGUUGUUUCAGGACCAUACCGGUGGUUUUAGCAGCUAUUACACCCAUGGCUGCAAAUGCUUCAGGUAUUCACUUCCACUAGUGCCGGGACUUUGUUCCUUCACGCACUUUUUAAAUCUAUUUUGUGGAUCACUUCUCGUAAAAUCCGUACAGACAUUCGUGGUGUCCCGACGCCAUUCGGUCGUCUCGUUCGGUCUGUACGAAAUCGUCAUUCUUCCUAUAAUCCCUGGACUUUGAUCAAAAGUUCAAAUACCUUCAAAAAGGAACCGCGUUCCAGUCGGCCUCGGCCUCAGCUGCUUAGUGCUGUGGAAGCAAAAAAUAAGAAAGCAUUAUUGAUUGAAUACAAGCGGGUUAGCGCUGUUGUUGUUGUUGUUGUUGAGGUCUGCUUUUCAAUGAAAUGGUUUUUUACACAUGACCCGUGUUUGAGUAGUGGGUGCAGGGGGGUGGGUUCCGCGAUGGGUGAAUUCACACCGUUAACCCUCACCGUGCAGCUUGGCCGAAUCGUUGGGAUAACGUACAGAAAGUAAUGGAAAACAACGCCUGCCUGAAGAGUUAAGAAAAAGAAAAAAAAAAGUGGAAAUGGUCAUUAUUAAUCAGCUAAAUAUGCAUUAGUUCCUGUUAAGACUACAGUGACCUAUUGUGGUUGAACUUGCAAAAAUACCGCCAAAAAAUGCCCCAAGUGGCUGCUUUUAGAGAUGCACAGAAAACCACAACAACAACAACAAAAAACAUCUCAGAAGGAACCUGAGCUCCUUCUUUUUACUCUUAAGUGCUAAAAUCAGAUGCUGUCACUUCUGGAAUAAUACACCUACUCUCAGUGUUUUUGACUCUCUUCUCUGUUGGUGCUGUCUGUACGGAUUGUGUGGGUUUUGCCUUUUUAUUUUGGGAAUCUUGAGGAUUAGAUUGAUGUGUGUGUGUUUUUUUUUGUGUGUCCUUUCUGCCACUCUUAGGCAGACGGUUGGCUGUCAGUCAAUCUUUCUCCGUCUUCGGUUUUUCAAGGCGGGCUCUGGAUGGAGGCGUCCGUCAAGCUUGUCCCUCGCCCGAAUCUUUGGGGGCGGGGUCUUGGUUGGCCCCCUUCGUCCGUCUCCCUUGAUUGUGCUUUACACAUGUUACACUUUACUGGAACCUGAUUCUCCAGAAUCAAACAUGUAAACAUUUGUACAAAACUGCUGGUGUCCAAAACAAUGUUUAUAAUCAUGGGGAGGAGGAAAAAUGUGUGAAUUAAUGUGCAAAUAAGGUACAUUCAGAAUAAAAGUUUAUGAUUACUA